AUGGCAGCGAUAUCUCUCCCGCCUGGUUUCCAGAUUGAGCCUGUUCAAUUCCUUGGGGAAGUGCUGGGGCCCAUACUACCAUCGCGGCUGGGUGUGCUAGCAAAUUUCAAUGGAAGCUUUACUGGAACAGGCUUCAACACAAUCUUUCGCCCGCAUAGCGGACCACCGAACACGACAACAUUUCCCCGCGACAACAUAUUGGAGCUGAAUCUGAUAGACGACGCAAUAACCUUCUCUGAAGAUUUUGGUGCUGUGCCUAACCGCGGGCUUGGGUCGCAGAGCAACAUCUUUCUCAACGGCGUAUCUUAUGUACAGGCUGUCAACGAUGUGACAAAUGAGAAAAAUGGGAAGGCUGAUGCUUCUCCCACUGGCAUUCACUUUGAGACUGGGCUGUGGAUGAAUGUCCCGCCCACGAACAAUACUCCAGUCCUUGGCGAAUCCCUCGUCCGCAUGGGGUCCAUUCCACAUGGCACAACAAUCAAUGCUCAAUGCCUGGCACCUACUUCAAAUUUCUCAGGCCCCCCGGAGAUCCCACCAGCCAGUUUGGCUGUAUUCCCCACUGGUGGUGGUGCCAUAGUGCCGAUUGAUAGUCUGAAUGUCUCGAUUGUCUCCUCUCUUCGACGGCCACAGGAUCUCUCGAAGUUCAUUGCUACCGGCACCAUUACCCAAGACACCCUGGAUGACCCAAACACAGUUUUGCGCAAUGCCAUCAAAGGACAGACCAUUCUCCAGAACACAGCCUUCACGGUAUCCACGGCGCCUCCAGCUCCCGUGUUCGGUGGUGGAACAACAAACAUCGCAUUCUUAGAAGGCAACGCCGCCGCCACAACUCCAAAUGCCAAUGCAAUCCAAAUGAAUGCGACCUUUUGGAUCGAGACGAUGCAACACGAGCUUAAAGUUCCAAUCUUCAAACGCGGACAACCCCCUAUGAAACUCUCCCCAGCUUCACCAGCACACCAGCGUACGCCGGUGUUCCUCGUCAACCCGCCGCAUGAUAUCACUGCGCCUAGGACGAUCAAUGUCACUUCGAUACAGAUUCAGUAUUCUCAAGUAGUUUAUCUAGUAUUUGACGGACUGGUUUGGCCACAUGUAUCGGUGUCAACUCUCAUUCCAUCGGAGCCUGUAACAGUUCCAGACUCGGUCUGGAAUUGA